AUGAUGCCUUCCACGGCUCGCGCUCUGGCCGCCGCGGCCCUCGUCGCGGCGGCGGCGGCGCUCGCGCUGAGCGUCGACGGCGUCGGCGCCACCCCGGAGACGACGUGCGCUGCGGCGGCGGCCCGCGACCGCCGCGUGGACUACGGCUUCUGCGUGUCGAGGCUGAGCCACCACCACGACAGCCCCGACGCGGACACCUGGGGCCUGGCCAAGGUGGCCGCCGACGUGGGCGUGGCCACCGCCGGGGACGCCGUCUACGACAUCAAGGCCCUGCUGGCCACCAAGCCGCCGGGCGACGCCCAGGCGCGGGCGGUCCUGGAGCAGUGCCAGAGGCUGUACGACGCGGCGGAGUCGGCGUUCGCGGAGGCGUACGACGCGAUCAACCGUCGCGACUACGCGGCGGGCAAGGGCAAGGCCGCCGAGGCGGCGUCCCUGGCGCGCCGGUGCGACGACGCCUUCGCGCGCGCCGCACUGCGCCCGCCGCCGCAGGUCGCGCGGUGGGGCGAGGAGUCCGCCAAGAUCGCGGUCGUCUGCACGGCCAUCACCGACCUCAUCGACUGA